CAAGCUCUGUGUUUCCUCUCUCAUCCAAUUCAUUCUCCUGUUACAUCGAGACGUCUAGCCCACAUCUCGAGUAAUCUACAUUUCGUUUCAUUGCAUAGUGUCACUCCCAGCCAGAGUCUACUAUCAAGUUAAUCCUCCCUUCUUUCUACGCCAUCUCAUAUUCUAUCGACUCUAGCCAAGUCAACUGAAUAUCGACUCGAUUCCCGACUAUCGUUCUACCUUCAUAUCAGCUUAAUAUCUCCACAACUACACUACACUGCAAGCCAGUUUGAUCCCAGCAAGAUGUCGAACGUCCUUCUUUUCGGCGAUCAGACCGCCGAGCAGUACCCUCUGCUUCGCAAGGUGGUUCUGAGAACCAAAAAUGCCCUUGUUCUCAACUUCCUCGAGCGCACCGUUGUUGCCCUGCGCGGAGAAAUCGCCCAACUCUCCCGCCCUCAACGUGAUGCCAUCCCGGAUUUCAUGACUCUCAACAACUUGGUCGACCUGUACUACGAGAAGGGGCUGAAGCUUCCUCACCUCGAGAGCUGCAUGGUCACUAUCGCUCAGCUUGGUCACUACAUCGGAUAUUUCUCCGAGAACACCAACGAGCUACCUCCUGCUGCUAACACUCGCAUUCUCGCUCUCUGCACCGGAUCGCUCGCCGCUGCUGCAGUCGCUUCUGCAAGAACUCUCGAUGAGCUCGUCACUCUUGGUGUUGAGACCGUCCGCAUCGCCUUCCGCACCGGUGUCCGCGUCAACAACGCCAGAUCUGCUCUUGGACAAGAUCUCAUGUCGAAGGAGAGCUGGUCUACUAUUGUCACCGGUAUCAAUGAGCAGUCUGCAAAGGAGGCUCUCACUGCUUUCCACGAGGCUGCCGGUAUUCCAACCACCAGCCAUGCCUACAUCAGCGCUGUCAGCACAAUGGCCAUUACUAUCAGUGGUCCUCCCACCACUACUAAGCGCUUUUUCGAGGAAUCCGAGGCUGUUCGCAAGAACAACCGCGUCAAGAUUCCCGUCUACGCUCCUUACCACGCUGAGCACCUCUACAGCAGUGCUGAUAUCGAGGCCAUCAUCGGAGAGGAGUCUGCCAAGUUCCUUCAGGCUUACCAGCCUCGCUCUCUGGUUCACUCCGGCUCGUCUGGCAUGUGCCAUGUCGCCGAGAACACCUACGAGCUCUUCAAGCUUUCCUUGAACGACAUGCUCAGAGCUCCUGUUUCUUGGAACAGUCUCCUUGAGGAGAGUGUUUCUCAGAUCACUGCCAACACCAACGCUUCUGCCAAGGUCUUCUGCAUUGGUGUCAGCAACGUUUCCAACAGCCUUGUCUCCGCCAUCAAGGCUGGUGGUCAGUCCUCGGUUUCUCUCGUCGACCACUCCGCCUGGGAGUCUGCCGUUACUGAUGCCACUCACGGUCGCACUCAGAACGACAAGAUUGCCAUCGUUGGUAUGUCCGGUCGCUUCCCCAGUGCUGCCAGCACUGAGGCUUUGUGGGAACUCCUCGAGAAGGGUCUUGAUGUUCACCGCAAGAUCCCCUCCGACCGUUUCGAUGCCGAUGCUCACUGCGAUCCCUCUGGCAAGGGAAAGAACAAAUCGCACACGCCUUUCGGUUGUUUCAUCGACGAGCCUGGUCUUUUCGACCCUCGCUUCUUCAACAUGUCUCCUCGUGAAGCUGCUCAGACUGACCCUAUGGGUCGCCUGGCUCUCGUUACCGCCUACGAGGCUCUGGAGCAAUCCGGUUACGUCCCUAACCGCACUCCUUCCACCAAGCUUCACCGCAUUGGUACAUUCUACGGUCAGACCUCCGAUGAUUGGCGUGAGAUCAACGCCUCCGAGAACGUCGACACCUACUUCAUUACUGGUGGUGUCCGUGCUUUCGCACCUGGUCGUAUUAACUACUACUUCAAGUUCAGCGGUCCUUCGUACUCGAUCGACACUGCUUGCUCGUCGUCUUUGGCUGCUAUCCAGCUUGCCUGCACUUCGCUGUGGGCUGGUGACUGCGACACCGCUUGUGCUGGUGGUCUGAACGUCCUUACCAACCCCGACAUUUUCUCUGGUCUUUCCAAGGGUCAAUUCUUGUCGAAGACUGGUUCUUGCAAGACCUACGACAACGCUGCUGACGGUUACUGCCGUGGUGAUGGUGUUGGUACCGUUGUCCUCAAGAGAUACGAGGAUGCUCUCAACGACAAGGACAACAUCCUUGGAUGCAUCCUUGGUGCUGCUACCAACCACUCUGCCGAGGCUGUCUCAAUCACUCACCCUCACGCCGGUGCUCAGGAAUUCCUUUACAAGAAGGUUCUCGCCAACGCCGGUGUUGAUGCCCACGAGAUCAGCUACGUUGAGAUGCACGGUACUGGUACCCAGGCUGGUGACGGUAUUGAGAUGACUUCGGUCACCAACGUCUUUGCCCCUCGUCACCGCCAGCGCAAGCCUGAGCAGAAGCUCCACCUCGGUGCUAUCAAGGCCAACAUUGGUCACGGUGAGGCCGCUUCCGGUAUCAACUCCCUCUGCAAGGUCUUGAUGAUGAUGAAGAAGAACGCCAUCCCUGCCAACGUUGGUAUCAAGGGCGAGAUCAACAAGACCUUCCCCAAGGACUUGAAGGACCGCAACGUCAACAUUCCCCAGCAGAACACGCCCUUCCCUCGCAACGGUGCCGAGAAGCGCAAGAUCUUCCUCAACAACUUCUCCGCCGCCGGUGGUAACACCGCUAUCCUCCUCGAGGAUGGUCCUCUUCGUGAGGCUCCCAAGGCUGUUGACCCUAGAGGCACUCUCCCUGUUACCGUCACCGCUCGCUCGAUCGCAGCUCUGAAGAGUAACAUCCUUCGUCUUCAGGGCUACCUUUCUGAGAACCCAGACACUACUCUUGCCGACCUGUCUUACACCUCAACUGCCCGUCGCAUUCAGCAUAACUACCGCAUCGCCUUCCCCAUUGGCGACAUCGCUAAGGUCAGCGACGCCCUUCAGGCUCAGACUAAGGAGACUUACAGCCCUGUUCCCAUGGUCCCUACCAAGACUGCCUUCUGUUUCACCGGUCAGGGCUCGCAGUACACUGCCCUUGGUCAAAAGCUCUACCAAGACCUCAAGCCUUUCCGUGAUGACAUCAACCAACUCGACAACAUGGCCACCAUCCAAGGCCUUCCCUCGUUCAUCGAGUUACUCGACGGCACUGAUGUCGCCACCUUGUCUCCCGUCAAGGUUCAAUUGGGUAUGGCCUGUAUCCAGGUUGCUCUUGCACGCAUGUGGGCAUCCUGGGGUAUUACUCCCACUGCUGUCAUUGGCCACAGUUUGGGUGAAUACGCUGCUCUUCACGUCGCUGGUGUCAUUUCUGCCAGCGACAUGAUCAUGCUCGUCGGUCGCCGUGCUGAGCUCCUUGUCAAGGAUUGCACUCCUCACACGCACGGUAUGCUCGCCGUCAAGGGUGGUGCUGAGGCUAUCCGUGGUGUCCUUGGCUCCAAGAUGACCGAGAUUGCCUGCAUCAACGGACCCGAGGAGACUGUUCUCUGCGGUAGCGGUGAGGUUGUUGGUGCUGCCAACGACGCUCUCUCCGCCCGUGGGUUCAAGGCUACUAAGCUCAAUGUCCCCUUCGCUUUCCACUCUGCCCAGGUUGACCCCAUCCUCGAGUCUUUCAAGAAGGUUGCUUCUUCUGUCACCUUCAACAAGCCUGCUGUCCCUGUUCUUUCUCCUCUCUCCGGUGACGUGAUCCGUGAGGCCGGCGUCAUUGGCCCUGACUACCUCGCUAGACACGCUAGAGAGACUGUCAACUUCUGGACUGCUCUUACCAGCGGCCAGAAGGAGAAGAUUUUCGACGAGAAGACCGCUUGGCUCGAGGUCGGUGCCCACCCUGUCUGCUCUGGCAUGGUCAAGGCUUCGGUCAGUGCCACCACCACCGCUCCGUCGCUCCGCCGUAACGAGGACCCCUGGAAGACCAUCGCCACCAGUGUUUGCACUCUGUUCAACGCCGGUGUUCAAAUCAACUUCGAUGAGUACCACCGCGAGUUCAACGAUGCUCAGUCGCUUCUUCCUCUACCCACCUAUGCCUUUGACAACAAGAAGUACUGGCUCGACUACCACAACAACUGGACUUUGACCAAGGGUGAAGUUCGUGAGGUUCAGAAGACCAUCGAGGCUGCUCCUGUCGCAGCUCCUGUUGCCGAGAAGCCUGCCAAGCGUCUCUCUACCUCUUGCCAGAAGGUUGUCUUCGAAGAAUUCGAGGCCAACUCUGGUACCGUUAUCAUCCAGUCGAACGUCGCCGAGCCCAAGCUGUUCCAGGCUGUCAUUGGUCACCAGGUCAACGACACUGCCCUCUGUCCUUCGUCUCUGUACGCUGAUAUGGCAUUGACUGUGUCUGACUACCUUUACAAGCAGCUCAGACCGUCUGCUCCUAAGAUUGGCAUGAACGUCUGCGACAUGGAGGUCCCCAAGCCCUUCAUCGCAAAGAUGGAGCAGCCCGCCGAGGGCCAACACAUCCAGCUUGAGGCCAAGGCUGAUCUCGAUGAGGGUGUUGCCCACCUCAAGUUCCGAAGCGUUACUCCCGAUGGCAAGCUCAUCCAGGACCACGCUCACUGUCUGGUCAAAUUCGAGGACAUCAGCUCCUGGACCGAGGACUGGGAGCGCAUCAACUUCAUGGUUAAGUCCCAGGUCGAUCUUCUCAAGGCCAAGACCAAGACUCAAGAAGCCCACGUCAUGCAGCGCGGUAUGGCCUACAAGCUGUUCAAGUGCUUCGUUAACUACAACGAGAAGUACCGCGGUAUGGAGGAGGUCAUCGUUAACAGCCAGACCACAGAGGCUACUGCCUCGAUCAAGUUCCAGAACGGCCCUGCCGAUGGUGACUGGUACCAAGCACCUUACCAGAUUGACAGCAUGUGCCACAUCUCUGGUUUCAUCGUCAACGCUACUGACCUGAUUGAUUCUGACAACAACGUAUGCAUCUCUCAUGGCUGGGGCUCGAUGAGAAUCGCCAAGCAGAUGACCCCUGAGGGCAACUACCGCUCUUAUGUCCGCAUGCUCCCCAAGCCUGGUAAUGUGUACCAGGGUGAUGUCUACAUUAUGGAGGGAGAUGAGAUCGUCGCUGUCUGUGGUGGUCUCAAGUUCCAGCAGAUCCCCCGCCGCGUCCUUAACGUCUUCCUGCCUCCUCAGAAGGCCGGUGCACCCGCUAAGGCUGCUGCUCCUGCCGCUGCUGCCCAUGCUCCUAAGGCUAUCGCCGCUCCUAAGGCUUCCGCUCCCAAGGCUCAGGCUCCCAAGCCUGUUGUCAAGGCUGCUAAAGCUCCCAAGAAGGCUGCCGCCAAGAAGCCCCAGGGCGCAACCAUCACUUCCCGUGUCAUGCAGAUCAUCGCUACCGAGACUGAUGUUGAGCAAUCUGAGCUCGUCGAGGAGGCUGCUUUCGAGAACCUCGGUGUUGACUCCCUCAUGUCCUUGACCAUCUCUGCCAAGUUCAGAGAGGACCUUGACAUGGAGAUCAGCUCCACUCUCUUCACCGAUUACCCCACCGUUGGUGAGAUGAAGAAGCACUUCUCUCAGUACGACGGCAAUGUUGGCCCUGUUGAGGAUGACUCCGAGGACGAGUCCGAACCUUCGGACAUUGCCACUCCCUACGAGGACGACCUCAGCACUCCCGCCAGCUCUGCCCCAAGCACUGCCCCUAGUGAUGCCGGCAAGCCUGAUAUCGACUCUCCCUCUCGCGAGAUCCCUGACUCCGAGGUUGGUGAGGUCAGUCUGGCCCGCCACAUCAUCGUCCAGGAGAUGGGUAUCGACAGCUCUGAACUUACCGACGAAGCAGACCUUUCUGAGCUUGGUAUGGACUCUUUGAUGAGCUUGACCAUCCUCAGUGAGCUCCGUGAGAAGACCGGUGUCGAUCUUCCCUCGACCUUCCUUUCCACCAACUCUACCAUUUUGGACAUUGAGAACGCUCUCGGUAUGCGCCCUAAGCCCAAGGCUAAGGCUGCUUCUGCCCCCAAAGCCGCAAAGCAGACCUCGCCUCAACUUGACAAAGUCAACGCCAAGCUUACCGAUCUGUCCAAGUUCCCCGCCGCAACCUCAGUCCUUCUCCAGGGCAAUGCUAAGAUUGCCACCAAGAAGAUCUUCUUCUUGCCCGAUGGCUCCGGCUCUGCUACCUCCUAUGUCAGCAUUCCCAACAUCGGUCCCGACACCGCCGCCUUCGGACUCAACUGCCCCUUCAUGAAGAACCCUACCGAGUGGACUUGUGGUAUUGAGACUGUGUCGCUCCUCUAUCUCGCUGAGAUCAAGAGACGCCAGCCCCAGGGCCCUUACAUCAUCGGUGGAUGGUCUGCUGGUGGUGUCAUCGCUUAUGCUGUCGCCCAGGCUCUGCUGGCCAAUGGUGAAGAAGUCGACCGCCUCCUUCUCCUCGACUCCCCCUGCCCCGUCAACCUUGCACCUCUCCCUCAGCGUCUCCACGUCUUCUUCAACGAGAUCGGUCUCCUCGGUACUGGUGACCCAUCCAAGACUCCCAAGUGGCUGCUUCCUCACUUCACUGCCGCCAUUCGUUCGCUCUCAGACUACGAGCCCCAGCCUUCGCUGAAGCCCAUCAAGACUUACGCUAUCUGGUGCCGUGAUGGUGUUGCCGGUAACCCCGGUGACCCUCGCCCUCCCCCGGCUGAGGAAGAGGACCCUGCACCCAUGACCUGGUUGUUGAACCACCGCACUGACUUCACUGACAACGGCUGGGCACAACUCUGUGGCAACAACAUGAAGUACGGUGUCAUGGGCGGCAACCACUUCACCAUGAUGAAGGAGCCCCACGCUCAAGAACUUGGCAAGCUCAUCCAAGAAGGUCUUCAGAUCUAAACAACACGAAAACUAUUAAAAAGAAGCGGCGGAAGGGUGCUCAGGCUCGGAUGCUGAGAGGCGAUGGUCGCCUUGGGCUGAGGUCGAUUGCGGCUCCCACACCCUAACCUGAGAUGAGGAGGAUAUGAUCAUUGGGUAACUGGCAUUGUCUUUGCUUGGGCUGAGUUAAAGCCU